AUGUCAAAAAGAGCUGUCAGAGCGCUUGGAAGACGUGUUAUGGAAUGCAGGGUCACAGCCAUUUGUCUAUCAGGGUCAUGGGUGACUGCGACGACCACAGACCAGGACCUUAUAUGUGAGCUGGUGUUCCUCGCGUUGGCUCUUUCCACCUCCGUCCUCUGCGACGACCUCGGGGGCUUGCUUCACGGAAAGGGCAUCAACCAUGCCCCAGCUCACUACGCCUUCAACUACGGGGUUCAAGACGCCUACUUCGGCACCAACUUCGGCCACGCGGAGUCUCGCGACGGCUACAACACAGAGGGCGUGUACUACGUGCACCUCCCCGACGGCCGCCUCCAGACGGUCAAGUACUACGCGGACGAGCACGGCUUCCACCCCGAGGUCGCGUACUCGGGGGUCGCGCACCACGCCGCCGGUUACCACUAG